CAGAGUUUGUUCCAACGCAAGAAACGUGGUCGCAAAGUUGUCAAAACUGCCUCUGUCGAGACUUUUCCCUCCCUCAGCAAAAGUAUUUGUUAGCCCGACCAUUAUCAAAGCCAAAAAAGGAAGAGUUUAAAAGUAGCCUUGUCAGAAAGGCUACCAACACCAAAGAAACCAACACCAGGGCUACUGGAAACUCUACUCCUCUCUUGGACCGUGCUGUCAGCAUGACUGAAAAGCCUUCGCUUGACAGCAGCGAGGACAGAGCCUGGCUGGGUGAGGGUCAGUCUGAAACUCAGCUUACAGCUGGUCCAGAUGGAGCUGAGACAAAUGAUGGAGACCGACCAGCAUGGGACUCUAAGAUCCAGUAUGUGUUGGCCCAGGUGGGGUUUAGUGUGGGCCUAGGGAAUGUAUGGAGGUUCCCGUACCUCUGCCACCAAAAUGGAGGAGGGGCCUUCAUGCUGCUGUAUGUUUUUCUUCUACUGAUUGUGGGAGUUCCACUGUUUUUUAUGGAGCUGGCAGCUGGCCAGAGCAUUCGACAGGGCAGCAUCGGUGUAUGGAAGCACAUCUCCCCAAAACUGGCAGGGAUUGGCUACUCCAGCUGCAUGGUAUGUUUUUAUGUGGCUCUUUACUACAAUGUCAUCAUUGCAUGGAGCCUGUUCUACAUGGGUAAUUCUUUUCAGUAUCCUCUGCCGUGGGAGCAGUGUCCAAUUGAUAUAACCACUAAUGACACAGUGAAAGAAUGUGCAAGUAGCUCCCCGACAUCAUAUUUCUGGUUUCGGAAAGCCCUCAACAUCACAAAUUCUAUCCAGGAAUCCGGAGAGUUUAACCCCAUCAUGACAGGCUGCUUAUUGGCUGCUUGGACAAUUGUCUCCUUGGCUAUGAUCAAGGGCAUCAAGUCUUCUGCAAAGGUGAUGUACUUUUCCUCAGUCUUUCCCUAUGUGGUGCUCUUCAUUUUCCUCAUUAGGGGGUUGAUGUUGGACGGAGCGAUAGAAGGAAUCACCUACAUGUUUUAUCCUAAGCUUGAAAUCUGGGGGAAUGUGCAGGUGUGGCGACAGGCUGCCACACAAGUCUUUUUUGCCCUCGGUCUGGGCUAUGGCUCCGUUAUUGCAUAUUCCUCCUACAAUCCAGUCCACAACAACUGCCACAGGGACGCCCUGAUGGUCUCUUGCAUCAACUUCAUGACGUCUGUGCUGGCCUCGCUGGUGGUUUUUGUUGUACUGGGUUUCCGUGCCAAGAAUAUUGCACUACGCUGCGUGGCUGAAAAUCUUGGUCUACUGAGCUCCAUGACAUCCCAUGGGUCUAACCAGCACUGGUGGCCUUGGUUCAACAUGACGGAUCCAAGCUCUGUGUCUAUAGCUGAAUACAGAGAGUGGUACAGUCACUACAGCUCCAUGGCGGGUUCUAACAUCACUGACUGCAGCCUGGAGGAGGAGAUGAAUAAGGGUGUUGAAGGUACGGGUCUGGCAUUCAUAGCAUUCACUGAGGUGAUGGCCCUCUUCCCAGCCAGCCCCUUCUGGUCCACACUGUUUUUCCUAAUGCUGCUCAACCUGGGCCUCAGCACCAUGUUUGGGACGAUGCAGGGAAUCCUCACACCUCUUAUGGACAAUUUUAGCCUCUUGGGGCGUCACAGGACCAUACUCACCGUGUCCAGCUGUGCUUUAGGGUUCUUGAUAGGACUGUUGUUUACCCAGCGCUCAGGCAACUAUUUUGUGACUAUGUUCGAUGACUACUCAGCAACCCUGCCAUUGAUCAUCGUGGUCAUUUUUGAAACCAUCAGUGUGGCGUGGGUUUAUGGAACUGAUCGCUUCCUGGAUGAUAUUGAAGUGAUGCUCAACUGGCGCCCUCCAGUGGUUUACAAAUAUCUUUGGAAAUACGUUUGUUUAUUUGCUAUGGUUGGUCUUUUGGCUGCCAGUUUGUUGCGCAUGGUCUUCAAGAGGCCCACAUACACCGCUUGGAAUCAAAGCACAGCUUCUGAGAUGACUCUUGAGUACCCGGGCUGGGCCCUGGCUAUGAUCGUCAUGCUCAUCGUUUUUGCUAGCUUGCCUGUGCCUAUAGUCUACAUCCAUUCCACACUGAAAUACCGCAGGGUCCUCAGCACUCGCUCUGAAGAGGGAGGCAACCAGGAGAUGCACCGCGAGUUGUACACCAAGUGCAGCUCCACCGAGCAGCUGGAUUCCAACUCCCACCACCGAGUCCCCUGCGAAGAAGACGAGGCUCGUCCCAGGACUACUUUCCUGCCAAUAGGGAACGAGCACUACCGGCUCCUGCCUCAGCGGGAGGAGGAAGAUGAGGAGCAAGAUACAGGAGUGUGAGCGUAGCUGUAGGAGGGUAGUUGUUUGUGAAAAGACAAAAUGUUGAACUUCUGAGCGUGUACAAGCAAGACCCUGCAAGAGAGAAAUGAGAAAUUGCAGCGAGGACAGUCAUAGACAGAAUAACACUUUAUCAGAGGAAGAGUCUUUGGGUUAUACCCCAUCAUCAUAUUCAAGCAAGCUCUACAUUGCUGGCAAGCCAAAGUUAUUUUAACUAUUUAUACUAGAAGGUACAUUACCAGUCAAAUCAAAAGGCUUUUUAGAUUCUGUAGUUAUGAAACUACGACCUCAGCUGCUCUCUGUACAUCCAUCCUUUCAUUUUCUGAACCAUUCAUGUUGUUCAGAAAAUAAGAACACUUGCAAGUACAUGAAAGAGGAAACAAGCUGCUAUAUUUAGUGAAACAGAGAAUUUAUUGGAGGUUUUAGAUUAGGAAAUUGACCAGUCACCAGUAUGUCAGAUUAGGUGUGCCUAUUGUUUAUGCCAGUGUUCAUGUGGGGUUAAAGCUGAGUGGGGUGGUAACGUGUCUGGUGAAUUUGAAGAAUGCCGUAACUGACAGAAGUAUGUUUUAGGAUGAAUAUUUUUAACUAAAUGACAAGUAUGGGUUUGCAUGAAAACAUUCUACCUUGAGAAACUGUGAUGUGUGUGUGUGUGUGUGUGUGUGUGUGUGUGUGUGUGUGUGUGUGUGUGUGUGUGUGUGUGUGUGUGUGUGUGUGUGUGUGUGAGAGAGAGAGAGCAUUUCUGUUGUGAAUCGGUUUGCAUGAGAAAUGAGAGAUGUUAAUAUGUCAGUUACUUAAGGUUAUUUUGCAUUAUAUUUGUAUUUGACCUCAUAAGACCACAGCAAUGUUUUACAUGUGUUCACACAGUGUAUAUUGUGUAGCAGUGUUGUAUUAUACUAGAUAAGGACUUUAAUAAACCUCUAG